UAUUCGCCCAGCAAGAUGAAAAUUGGCUUGUGUGCAUUCAGCGGGUACAAAAUCUACCCCGGCCAUGGCAAGACCAUGGUCAAGAUUGAUGGCAAGAGCUUCACCUUCCUGGACAAGAAGUGCGAGCGCUCUUACCUGAUGAAGCGCAACCCUCGUAAGGUUACCUGGACUGUGCUCUACCGCCGCAAGCACCGCAAGGGCAUUGAGGAGGAGGCCUCCAAGAAGCGCACCCGUCGCACACAGAAAUUCCAGCGCGCUAUUGUCGGCGCUUCCCUGGCCGAGAUCAUGGCCAAGCGCAACAUGAAGCCGGAGGUUCGCAAGGCCCAGCGCGAUCAGGCCAUCAAGGUCGCCAAGGAACAGAAGCGCGCCGUCAAGGCAGCAAAGAAGGCGUCAGCCCCAGCUCCCGCCAAGAAGUCUGCUCCCAAGACGAAGGCCGCCAAGGUCACGCAGAAGUCUGCUCCCCGCGUCGGUGGCAAGCGGUAAACAAGCCCAAGCAGAGACGGUAGUGAAGUGCUAAUUUUCUAACAAGAUUUAAGGAAACGAA